AUGAGUUUUAAUUUAAACUCAAGUAGUGGGUCAGUAUUAAAUGGUAGUGGAGUAUAUAAUAAUAGUAAUGGAACAUAUUCAAAUGGACCAUCACCAUUAUCAGUGAGUGGUGGUAGUAGUAGUAGUGGAAUGAAUGGUAGCAAUGCAUUACUAUCCAAUAGUUUACAAUCAGUUAAUGGUAAUAAUAGUAGUAAUUAUAUAUUAAAUAAAGGUACAGAAAUACUGGUACCAGUUGUUCUUUGGUGUGGUUCACCAUCACAUUGGAUAACAUCAAUCAUCAUUACUCCAGAUAAAAAAACAAUCAUAUCAGGUUCACAAUCUGGUCACAUUGCAAUAACUUCAAUUUCAUUAGAUCAAGGAAAAGAAAAUCAAUUUACACCGAAAAUUUUAGGUAUUGGACAUGAGAAUCCAAUUACAUGUUUAGCAUUAGGAGAAUUUGAAAGAAAGGAAGUUGUUAUUAGUGCAGCAUCAGAUGGUAGUAUGUCAGUGUGGAGUAUAAUGGAUGGAUUAUGUUUAUUGUCGACAGUAUCACAUUUUCUAUCAUGUUCACCAACACAGAUGGUAUCAUUACCCAAUAGGAAACAGGUAGCUGUAUGUGGUAAAGGUUCAAACUAUAUAUAUAUUGUCGAUAUUCAUUCAUUGCGAAUCGUAAGUACGAUCAAUGAUCACAUGGAUUGGGUGACAAGUUUAUUCUCUUGUACGAUGCAAGAUUCGACCUCGAUGCUAUUAUCGGGUGGGUUGGAUGGUAUUAUUAGAUUUUGGUUACUCAAACCCGGUGAUCAAGAUAUGGCAUUGCAAGUUAUAGAUUCUAGAAAUGUUAAUGGUGGAGGUAGUGGUGUCGAUGGUAGUUACACAUUGGAUGACGCACCCAUCUCAAUUAAAUUCUCACCCAAUGGUAAAUCGUUAUUGGUUGUGACAAAGAACAAUUGGUCCAUUUUCACCACCCAAAAUUCAAGAUUACUCUAUUCAAUUCGUUGUCCUUGUACAACCAUUCAAGAGAAACAAGCAGGUUUGCCAACUAGUGGUGGUUGGUUUGGUGGUUCGUUCAUUGAUAAUAGUAUGGUUUUAAUUUGGAAUAAAGAAGGCAGAGGUUUCCUUUAUCGUAUCGAUCAAACCGAUUUAAAAUCUUUCCCUUUAGGUGACCCUGUACCAAUUGAAGGUACCUCACCAUUAUUAUCAAGAUCAUAUGGUUCAUCUCUAUCCUCCUCUUCAAAUUUAAAUAAUAGUUCUUUUAAUAUUAAUAAUAGCAAUAGCAAUAAUAAUAAUAAUAAUAGUAAUGGUAAAAUUGGUCAACCAGAUUAUUCAAUAAUUAAUUUCACUUAUCAAUCAGGUAUACCACCACCACAAUUGUUAAUAACUUUUACUUCAAAUGAUAAUAAUAAUAGUCAACAAACACCAUUAUUAAAAAUUGGAGCAGCAAUGUGUUUUGGUAAUAUAUUUAUGAUUGGUGAUGUUUAUGGUCAUAUUAGAAUUUGGGUAAUACCAGUUAAUAGUGAACAAUUGUUAAAUCCAACUAAUCAGACAGCAACAACUAGUGGUAAGAGAAUAUUAAGAGAACCAAAUUUACAAGGAUCAAUAUCUGAUGGUUGGAAGAGUGUUGAACAGAGUGGUAAAGGUGGCAAAGCAAGACAACAACGUGUUACAGCCUCACUUUUAUUGGAUGAUACGAUGAUGUUGAUACGUGGUUACGAGGAUGGCAGUAUUAGUACCAGUAAAUUACCCACCGAUUUAUUUACGAAAUUUUAUAACAACUCUCAUAAUAGUAGGGUAAACUAUUUGAUGAGUUCACCACCUGGCACUGGUCUAAGACGAUUGUUAUUCUCUGCAUCCAAUGAUUGCACAAUUAAAGUUUGGGAUUUAAGUACAUUCAAAUUGUUACACACUUUCUCUCAUCAUACAGGUCCCGUGUAUUCAAUAUUCUCGUUACCACAAUCGUCAAGAAGAAAUACCUUCAUAUCCAUCUCUGAAGAUAAAACAAUCGGUAUGUACUCUAUGGAGGAUCUAUCAUGUAAACACAUGUUUGGUGUUCACUCUUCAUCAAUAUCCAAGGUACAUUGGAAGAAUGAACAAGGUUAUCUAAUGGUUGAAACUAUCGAUGGUUCAGUUUCAAUUUGGGAGAUGGGAAGUGGAGAACUUGAAGGUGUAGUAUAUGGUCAAAUCGCUAAGGAUAUCUUGGAUAAUUCAGAAUUACUCUCGAAUAAUUGGAAACAACAAGAAAGUAAAAUUCAUUCAGGUCAACAUUUUCCAACUAAAUCUUUAGUUUAUACUCAUAAAAAUGAUCCACCAAUUCAAACUUUAUUUUUAAAUAUAAAAUCAAUUUCUGAAGAUAUUUUAUUAAUAACUCAACAAAAACAACAACAACAACAACAACAAUCACAACAACAACAACAACAACAACCACAAUCACAAUCACAACAACAACAACAACAACAAGUACAACAACAACAACAACAAAAUAUUGGAUCAUCAAUAAUUCAAAAAGAUUUAAAUCAAUUAGUAUCAAUAUUUUCAUAUUUAAUACCAUGGGGUAUGGAUAAAGCAUUAGAUAUAUUAUAUAUGAAAGAUUUUCAAUUAAGACCACCACAACCAGAUUUUUCAUUUGGUUUAUUAGGUCAUGGUGGUAAUAUGAGUUUCCUUACACCAAGUGUAUCAUUUUCAACAGGUAAAUUACAAUGUUCAGAAACUUUAACAGCUCAAACAACUUUAUCAGCGGUAGCAUUGGGUAGAACUAUACUUAGAAUUGGUGGUAUGGAGAAUACCGUCAGCCAGUUAACGACAUACUAUUGUACAACAUUACCAGAGACCCUACAAGGGUAUGUUUAUCCAGAUUUCUCUUAUUUAGCAACUUAUUGUCAAGAUGGUAAUGAAGAUGUUAUGAUUAGUGCUCGUUCAAUAUUUAAGAUUUCAAUUGAACGUAUGCCAAAUACUGCAUUCAAACAGUUGGUAAAUUCAUUCUGUAGUGUAUUGAAUGCCGAUUGUUUGGGUCCAUUUGAAAGAGCACGUUCAAUCAUUGUUUUGGCAAUCAUUGCAUCCAAUAGACCAAAUUCAGAUUUUAACAAUGCCUUCUCUUCACGUGUUGGUAUUGAACUUCAAAAGAUGAUCUAUAAAGGUACAGGUAAUUUAACGAUUAUAGCGGUGGAAUUGAUUGGUAAAGGAUUCUCCAUUUGGAAAGACUCAAUUAAAGAUUUACCAGGUCUAUUGAAAUGUUUAUUCACACUUACAAUGCAAUCGGAUCCAUUGGCUACAACCUCAAAAACUUCAUUGCUUUUAAUUGGUUCCGUAGAUCCUAAAACUUUUAUUCAAGUAAUUGGCGAUGAAAUAUCAAGUGAAAAUACUAGUACCACUUGUAGAGUUCAUGGUAUUGUACUCAUUGGGUCUUUGAUAAAGAAAGAUCCCGAUUCAGUUUUACCUUUCCUACCACGUGUUAUCGAUUCAAUCAUCAAAAGCUUAGAUCCUCAUACACCAGUUUUACGUGAGGCUUGUAUACGUCAAACCACUGCUGUCUUACAUUUAAUGGUCAAUAAAUAUCCAAUGGUUAGUUUUCAUCAUGAUACUCAACGUUUGGUAUUAGGUACUUUGGAUGGUUUAGUCGUAAUCUAUGAUUUGAAAACUGCUACUAGAUGGCAUCGUUUCGAAUCAUUUAAAAAUUCAUUUGUCUCUGCUGUCACCUUUAAUGAAAGUGGUAAGAUGUUGGCUUGCUAUUGUUCACUCUCAAAUGAAAUUAAAAUUUGGCAAGCAAGUUCAACAUUUUUUGGUUUAAUUAAUUCAAGUCAAUUCACUUGUGUUCGUACAGUUUCAACCGCUUCUGAAAAACAAACUUCUCUUGGUUUUAAUUCACCACCAACUCAACCUUUAAAUCAAAAUCAAAAUAAUAAUAAUAACUUAAAACAACAACAAUCUAUAAUUAAUAAUUCUCAACCAACAAUACCAAAAAUUGAAAAUAUUAAAUUAUUUUGGUCAAAUCAAAAUUCAUUGGUUUUAACUAAAGAUGAUACAAAUACUAUAACUUUUAAUAUUCCUUCAAAUUAA